GAUGCAAGUAUCAAAUCAAUUCGAUUCUAGGUAAAGGAGAUAAAUCACCUUUCGUGGCCGUCCCACUACCACCGCUGGUAAAUGAUCCACAAAAUCAGAAAACAAGAGAAAAUUUUGCACAUUUUUCUUGUUAUUGGAUAAUCCGUACACGCCUUCGAACCUUUUCUUUAGCAACAAAGGUGGACCCUCGCGACGAGGAUGCUGAAGCGCGCCCUUGAAGGCGUUGGUGGCGCAAGGAGAAAUCUGGGAUGGCGGUCGUGGCGGACGAGGAGUUUGGGGACGGAGGUUCCGAAGGAGAGAGUGGAGUGCGUGGUGAUUGGGGCGGGCGUGGUGGGAACGGCGGUGGCGAGAGAGCUGGCGCUUAGAGGCAGAGAGGUCCUCGUUCUCGACUCCGCUCCGACCUUCGGCACCGGAAAUACCUCUCGCAACAGCGAGGUCAUCCAUGCUGGAAUUUACUAUCCUCCCCAUUCUCUCAAGGCUACCUUUUGUGCAAGGGGGAGGGAUUUGCUGUAUAAAUACUGUUCUGAACAUAAUAUUCCUCAUAAACUAAUUGGUAAGCUCAUAGUUGCAACAAGUAAUUCAGAGAUCCCAAAGUUGAAUCACAUAUUGAUUCGUGGAACUGAAAAUGGGGUUCCUGGUUUGCGUAUGAUGGAGGGCUCUGAAGCCAUGAGAAUAGAACCUGAACUGCAAUGUUUGAAAGCCAUUCUAUCACCUUUCACUGGGAUUCUUGAUACACAUUCUUUAAUGCUAUCUUUAGUGGGGGAAGCUGAAAAUAAUGGAGCCACUUUCUCAUAUAAUACUACUGUUAUUGGAGGCCAUGUCGAACAAAGUCGCAUAUGCCUUCAUAUUUCUGAAACUAAGUGUCUCGAAAGUUGCAAUGGGAGCUUUCCAUCUCAACCAGAGAUGACACUCAUUCCUGAUCUGGUUGUGAAUUCUGCAGGCUUGAGUGCCCCUGUACUUGCUAAGAGAUUUAAUGGCCUUCAAAACGAAGUAAUUCCACCUGCCUAUUAUGCUCGUGGCUGCUAUUUCACAUUGUUCAAUAUGAAAAUUCCUCCAUUCGAACAUUUGAUAUAUCCUAUACCAGUGGAGGGUGGCAUUGGGGUGCAUGUUACCCUGGAUUUGGACGGUCUGGUGAAGUUUGGUCCAGAUGUUGAAUGGAUUGAUGGUGUUGAUGAAAUUUCAAGCUUCCUAAACAAGUUUGACUAUUCUGUACAUGCCAAUCGUGCGGAGCUAUUUUAUGCAGAUAUUAGAAAGUAUUACCCAAAUUUGAAGAAUGAUUCUCUACAGGCAGGAUAUGCUGGUAUUCGACCAAAGGUUUCUGGUCCUGGACAGCCGCCAGGUGAUUUUGUAAUACAGGGAAUGGAAACUCACGGGAUAACUGGUCUUGUUAACCUCUUCGGAAUUGAGUCGCCCGGUUUGACUUCAAGUAUGGCAAUUGCAGAACAUAUUGCCACCAGAUACUUGUGAUCGGGAUUCAGGACAACAAAUUUGUAUUAUAUUCCUGAUUGAUGGUCUUGAAUACUAUUUUUAACAAGCAAAGUUGUUGAAGAAUGAUCAAAGUUUGAGUUUCAUCAUUUGCAAGUUCAUUCACACGGAAAGUUGAGAUUGCAAUAAGAGUUAGCAGCGUUGUUGUAUCACAUCCCAAAGAGACGCUGUUGUAGAGUAUGAGGAUAGGCGAAUAGUGAGCAUGACUGAAGCAAGAGCUCUGAACCUCAUAAUUUAUGUACAUGGAGUGUUCAAUAAUGUAAACUGUGUAGAGAUGUCGCCCAUUUUUGUUGGGUCCCAUGGUCAUUAUUGGUUUCACAUAUUUCACGUUGCAAUUUCUACU